UUUAAAUUUUAAAGUUAAACUGUCUCGAGUGGAGAAAUAUCGUAACACACUUGAUGCAGUGGUGGAAUCUUUAUUUCUCAAGACAGUGAGAAAUAUUAAAAAUAAAUUGCUUCGCCGAGCGCAGCUGGAUACGACCGCAGAGGUCCAACCCUGAACAGUUGGGGCAAAAAUGGACAUAAUAUUCGCGCUAGAUACAGAAAAAUUGGUUCUGGAAUGCCUCAGGUUAUCUCACAUUGAUGAUGAUUCAGCUGAAUUAAAUGACAGAGUUGUCUUCUCUUGUUUAUUUUGCAACCAGACUUUUGAUGACAAAGAUAAUGUUCAGAGACAUUUGGUGAAAGAACAUAAACUUGUGAUAGCAGAUGUUAAUCUCAUCAGUCAUUUCCAAAGGUAUCUCCUAUAUUGGAAAGCCAGGUUUAAAGAACAGCCAGUAGAAGAUUUUUGUUCCAUUAUACUUACUAAUUCUGGUGAUAAAGAUGAAGGCCCUAAAGAUCAGUAUUAUUUACUUAGUGAUGUCUUGUCUGAAGAUAAAAGUCUGAGGAAUUUCUUACAGAAAAAGACAUUGGAAGAUGUAUUGAGUAUCCAGCAAAAAGAAAGGGAUGAUUCACUGUCAGCCAGAGAUUGUCUGUUCUGUAGAGAAAAAUUGGAAGGAAAUAGAGGAAUGUUGUUUGAUCACAUGGCUCAUGAUCAUGGAUUCAAUGUUGGACUGCCGGAUAAUUUAGUAUACAAAGAUGAGUUUUUAGAUUUAUUACAAGAGAAGUUAAACAAUUUAAAUUGUUUAUAUUGUGAGAAGACAUUUAGAGACAGAACUGUUUUAAAAGAGCACAUGAGAAAGAAACAACAUAGAAAAAUUAAUCCUAACAAUAAAGUUUAUGACAGAUUUUAUAUGAUAAAUUAUUUGGAACUAGGUAAGAAUUGGGAGGCUAUACAAUCUGAAGAUGAUACAGCCAUAGAUAAUGAUGCUGAGUCAGAAAAGGAAGAUGAUUACAGUGACUGGGAAGAAGUAGGAGCUCAGGCUGUGUGUCUGUAUUGUGAAUUCUCAUCCAGCAUACCUGAUAAACUUCAUGCUCACAUGCAGGAGCUGCAUGACCUUGACUUGAAGGAAAUAAAACUUAGACUAAACCUCAACUUCUAUCAACAAGUAAAGUUAAUAAAUUACAUUCGAAGACAGGUUCAUCUUGGUAUAUGUAUUGGAUGCCAAGAGAAGUUUGAAGACAGAAAGGCUUUAAUAGACCAUAUGCAUGAGAAGGGCCACACAAACAUGAUACCUGAUCUGUUGACUUGGGAUCAGCCUCAGUAUUUCUUCCCAACAUAUGAAAAUGACAAUUUAUUAUGUCAGCUUGAAGACGAUGACAAUGAUCAACAGAUGAAUCAAGAUGGCAGCACUACUAGUUGCCAUGGUAAUGUGACUGUGAUAGCAGAAGAUAACCCUGUAGAAAACACAAUAUUAACAGAUGAGAAACUGAGACGUGAAAUACUAAUGUCAUAAUUCAAAAUGGAGAUGUCAAGAUUAUUAUGAGGAAUUAAAUCUUACUGUGAUAUUGAUUACUGAAAAAAUAUUGCUACUAUGCAUAUACAUAAAUACAAGUGUAUAUAUAGGUGUUAUUUAAUGCAUUAAAAUUAUAACAGACCCAUA